CCGUUUCUGACCCGCAUACACGAAUUGCUAGGUCUUUAAGCCCUAAAUGAAUGACAGAUCUAUUAAAUACGCCAAUGCUUUUUCAAAUUCUCCUUUCAAACGAAAAGCAAACACUCUUACAACAAGUCAUCCAAAUCGAGUACUGCAUCAUGGUUUUAUUACAACUAGACCCGUUCCUUAACGAACUGACAACCAUGUUUGAACAAAGUACUCAAUCAGGCUCUGUUUGGGUCACUCUUAAACGAUCAUCAUUGAAGUCCAAGGUGCAGAGGAAUAAAAUGAACACGCAUGGUGAACCUAUUGAGUAUAGGUGCCUCAUUCGUGCUACCAAUGGCAAGAAGACUGUCUCUACUUCGGUUGGGGCAAAGGAUCACCAGCGGUUUCAAGCUUCUUACGCGACCAUUCUCAAGGCGCACAUGACGGCUUUAAAGAAGCGGGAGAGAAAGGACAAGAAAAAGGCAAUUGUAGCAGAUAAAACAGAAGCAGGCUUAAAGAAACCAAAGAGAGCCUGAGCCAGCAAAUAGCUUUUGAAGCCUGUGUAUAUUGGAAUUUGGAAAUGCUGUCAUUCACGCCCCUAGUUCAAGGACAUGAGAGGUUUGUACAUCUUUUAUCCUUAAAGUAGCAGAAUCUUUUAGAUGUUGGGCAUUUACUUAGAAGAAGGAUGGUUUUUUGUUUCACUGCCUUUUCUGGAUAUAGCUGAAAAUUUUGAUAGUAAGAAAUUGUUCAUGUCUUGUUCCCCCAAGUUUAUAUUGGUUUACAUAUAUUGAUCUUGGAUACUGUCCAAAAAUUUGGCCUUCACUAUGUGCAAUUUACCCAUAUAAAGUUUGUUCAUACUGAUCUUAGAUUCGACGUUUA